AUGAAAUUUCCAAUAGAAAACCCGAGGAAACAAGUUAACUGGGACCCAGAACAAGUGGCGGUCCAGACCAACCUGGUCCCCCCUAAAAAGGCCCAGCCGGGGAUGGUGAAGUCUACUCUAGUCCAGGCUAGUGUGGCCACCAUGCAGAACCCGAUGGGCUGCGACCCAAAGGUCAAUGGUCACUGCCCGCUGCCUCGCCUGUCCAUCUCCUCCCGGUCUGCCAGCGUGGUGGCCAGCAUGGACGCCAGCUGGGAUGGCUCGAAUGCUGUGCUGCACUCGGUAAUGAAGUGGAAGACCGUGCUUGCCGUGUUCAUCGUGGUUGUUCUCUACCUGGUUUGUGGAGGACUGGCCUUCAGGGCUCUGGAACAGCCAUUUGAGAGCAACCAGAAGACCAGCAUCACUCUGGAGAAGGCCUCGUUCCUGGAAAGACACCCGUGUGUCACGACGAGCGAGCUGGAUGCCAUCAUCAAGCAUGCCAUAGACGCUGUGAGUGCAGGAGUGAGGCCUAUCGGAGACACAUCGUACAACUCAAGCUACUGGGACCUGGGCAGUGCCUUUUUCUUUGCUGGAACUGUCAUUACAACCAUAGGUUAUGGAAACAUAGCUCCAAGCACGGAAGGCGGAAAAAUCUUUUGCAUCCUUUAUGCCAUAUUUGGCAUCCCUCUCUUUGGCUUUUUGUUGGCGGGGAUCGGAGACCAGCUGGGGACCAUCUUUGUGAAAAGCAUCUUGAGAGUUGAGAAGAUAUUCAGGCAAAAACACAGACAGAUCAGCCAGACAAAGAUAAGAGUGACGUCCGCCAUCCUGUUCAUCCUGGCCGGCUGCAUCGUCUUCGUCACCAUCCCUGCUGUCAUCUUCAAACACAUCGAGGGCUGGACCACGCUGGAGGCGAUCUACUUUGUUGUGAUCACUCUCACUACCGUGGGAAUAGGAGACUAUGUGGCAGGUGGAAACCGUGGGAUCGAAUAUAUGAAGUGGUACAAGCCUCUGGUGUGGUUCUGGAUCCUUGUAGGUUUAGCGUACUUUGCGGCCGUCCUCAGCAUGAUUGGAGACUGGCUCCGAGUGCUGUCCAAAAAGACCAAAGAAGAGGUUGGGGAGUUCAAAGCUCAUGCAGCUGAGUGGAAGGCAAACGUACGAGCGGAGUUCCGUGAAACGCGGCGACGCCUGAGUGUCGAGAUCCAUGACAAGCUCCAGAGGGCCGCCACCAUCCGCAGCAUGGAGCGCCGUCAGCUGGGCCUGGAGCAGCGAGCUCACUCCCUCGACAUGCUGUCACCAGAGAAACGGGCCAUGUUCGCCAGUCUGGAUGCCGGCCGGUUCAAGACUUCCUCCCAGGAGAGCAUCGACACCAAACUGAACAACCUGAGGCUGAAGGGGGCCUGUGAGUCGUACGAGCAUCAGGGUAGCGAGCAAACUCCACAGACAGCGUCUUCCUCGGAGGAGAAUCUCUUCAACCCUCGCUUCGGCUCCCUCACCAAGAUGGCCAGACGCAACAAGAACCGUGAACUGCGGAGGAACAUUCCUGAAGAUGUCCGGCGGGCGAGUGUAAGCAUAAACAAUGGCAGCGCCAUGCUGGGUGAGGAGAGGACGGAGGAAGAAGAAGAAGAUGGAGAACCCGAUGAGGAAAACAGGGAAAGGAAAGAGGGGAACACCAGUAUGACCAACCUGUCGCAGUAUGUGAUGGAUCGCACCAAGUUAAAUGGGUUCAUACCAGCACGGGACAAAGACAAAGAGAACGAUUAG